AUGUGGGACGAAAACCCCUGUCUGAUCGAGGACCCAGUGCCCGGAACGCCAGAUGAUGCGCUGACGCCGCUGGUGCUGGUGCACGACGGCGGCGGCACCGUCUUCAACUACCACUGCAUCGACCCGCUGCUGGGCCGGCGGGUGAUCGGCAUCGCCAACCCAAACUUCCACACCGGCCGGUCCUGGCUGCCCGGUGGAAUCCCCGAGAUGGCUCGACACUACGUGCGGCUGCUGCGGGGCGCCUUUGAAGAGUCCGACGGUGCCGGCGCCGCCGCCGCCAAGAGGGGGAGGAGGAUCAUCCUGGGCGGCUGGAGCUUGGGCGGCCUGGUCGCGCUCGAGAUGGCCAAGGUGCUCCGGGGAGAUCGCGCUCUCAGGGUCGUGGGCCUCGUCAUGAUCGACAGCGUCUGCCCGCUCACGUGGGUGCAGCCGUCGGGCGGCCGCAACAUGCCCACCAUCCAGGCCGUGGCGUCGCAGCACGUCUUCACGCCCACGACCAAGCAGGAGACGAAGGACAAGGUGACGAGGUGUUUUGCCGACGCGUCGGAAAUGGUUUCCAAGUGGGAGAUGCCGGCUUGGGAGGACCACAGCCCGCCGCCGCCUGCUAUCCUCCUAAGGGCCGUCGACCCCGUCCCGAUGGAGGGUGACGGCGUUGCGCGGGUCGAUCUGGCGCGGUCGGAUAAGUCUCUACAGUGGGAUCGGUACAGGAAGGACUGGUUGGUGAGGGUGGUCGACAUACCGGGACAUCACUUCAACGUCUUUUCUUUCAAGAAUGUUGAGUAUUUGUCUACCGCUGUGAGAGAGGCCUGCGAAACUUUGGAGCGGAUGCCUUUGCCAUAA